AUGGGCGGGGCAGGGCAGGGCGGUCGUCAGGAUGAUAGACCGGUCGAGCGAGGAGGAGACUUAUCAGACGGACGUCGGGUGGCUGAGCACAAUAAGGGGAGAGAAGGAGACUUUGAUCUCUGGAAGAGGGACGCAGCCAUCUCGGGGGAAAUACCGCCAAACUCGGCGCUCUGGUCCCACUCGCCCAUGUCCAAGCCCACCUAUCAACACCUUCCUCCCGACUCUCACCCCCUCGAGGAGACCCUGACGACACUUCCACUCCCUGGUGAUGCUCCCAAUCCUUUGUCGGUACUGGCCGAGGCAUCGACCGAUGCGCGGUCUGAGCGCGAUCGCCCAACGCCCAGCACGGACGCCUACUAUGCGCCGGUAGCGAGGGUUCUCAGAGACGAUGCACCUCACAUUAUGACUCUGAUCAGCGUACAAGAGGCGGAACACCUCUUUGACAUCUACUUUCGGGUCAUCCACCCUCACUUUCCCGUUCUGGACCGUGAGCAUUGCUCUCCUGUCGCUGUAGCUCGGCGGAACAACUUCCUCUUCAACACGAUCUGCUGCGUAUCAGCUCGCACCUCUCACGUCGCUCUCUGGGACCGUCUGAAGCGGGGUUUCGCCAGGUUUGAGAAUGAGCGUAUGCCCAAGGACAAGAACGUAGAGGUGGUCCAAGCACAUCUUAUUUAUGCUCAGUGGAACCUUGUCCGCCCUGCCCACUUUGAGCAAGACACUACGUGGAUCCGCGUCGGUCUCGCCGUCCGCACCGCUCUCGAUAUCAACCUCCAUCGAAUCGCUCUGCUCGAACACUCCAGGGCGACCAUGCCACGCUGGGUGCUGCGCAACAUCAUCCGCACCUGGCUCGCUUGCUAUGUCAUCGAUCGUACAAUGUCGUCCCAGCUGGGCAAACCGUCAAGCGUACGCGGGGAGAAUGGGAUACGGCUGUACUUGGAGAUGAUCAGGCGGAGGGAGGUGGGCGAAACAGUUGAGGAUGCUUGGGUAGCUGCACUCGCGGACUGGACCCUUAUUCUCACUCGCGCUAUGGAUCUGUUUCGAAACGAAUCGGCCGACUACAUCUCCGGCCUCGCUCGUAACUUUGCCUCUCAGACAACUGCUUUACCCGAUAUCGGUCUCGUCUUCUCUCGACAGUAUCGACAGUGGCGGGAGGUCAAUUCGGCCGCUGUCCUUUCCUCUUUCCCGUCGUCGCAGCGACGGCUUUCUGAUAUCGUCAUCGCCAAUCUCGGCCUGUACGAGCUGUACGCCCGCUUGGUCAUCCACUCUUUUGGCCUGCAGAGAGCAAAAGAGCAUGCCAUCUCAGAUCUGCCCGCGUCUCUCGUCGAGUAUCGUACAGCCGCAAUCCGGCUCAUCACCUACUUUGACACCGAAAUAGACGGGCGAGGUUUCACCCGGGGUUGCCCAGACUUCGUCUUCACCAUCUUGACCUACGCUGCCGUCUCCAUACUCAAAACGACACAGCUCCAGGUCGACGGCUUCGCAUCGGACGAUCACUCCGUCAGCGCUCUCGCCCGGCGCGCCAGCGACAUUCUCGCCCAGGCAGCAUGUACGACCGACCAUUUACCUGCAUCUCAGAGCUCCCUCAUCUCGCGCGUGAUCGACCUACAGCUGGCUCGAUCGCUGGCGCCAAACUCAGCUAUGUCCGCUAUCGAUCCUUCAGCGGUUACGUCGGAGCGGUACUUCGGGCAGAGCGACAACGACCUGGGCGUGUUCGGUACCGCACACGGAGCACACGCGCAGCACGCGAUGGAUGCGAUGGGAGAUAUGGAUCUAGGUCUUUGGUAUGAUCCUAGGCAGGGGGAGGGCGGCUCGCUGGGUGGGGAGAACAGUCUGGAGUCCUUGUUGGGCGGCGGGGCGAGCGGGGAUGAUCAGUCUUUUGCGUUCACACACGAGUCAUUAUGGUUAUCAUUGAUGAGCGGUACAGAUGAAUCUGGGCAAUAUGCCUCUGGGUCGGGGGAAGGGCAGAGGAUUGGGGGAAUGUGA